AUGGUUCAGCAUUACCAGCCAUUGGCUUGGGCAAAAUGGUGCAGAAGGUUACCUCGGUUAAUUGGGACGAUGAAAAGGAUAAGGGAUUUUUACAUGGAGAUCAGUUUUCAUUUUGAGAGCUCAAUGAUUCCUUUCAUUUCGAGAAUUGCUCUUUCUGACACGUACAGAACAUUAAAGAGGGAUACAAAUUUGAGGGCAGAUAUUAUUUUGGCUGGUUUUGAUGGUUUCAAAAUUCUUCUUUUCCUUGGUGAUGGUUCUGAGGACGGAAAAGUUCCUUUGGGUCACUUUACAUGGUGUUGCACAAAGAUAAGGAGGUCAUGA